AUGGCUCCCAACGGGGUGAAACGUAGAAAACUCGAGCACGACUCAUCCGACGACGACGCCAACAGCAAAUCUCAACAGUCAACCCGCAAGACGCAAAAAGCCUUCAUCAGCAACGCCUCCAACUGGAACCUCGAGGAGGACUACGAGUCCCGACCACGCAAGAACAAGAAGUCCAAGAAAGAACAGGAGAGGGCGGCGGCUUCGAACCGUCUCCCUCUCAAGAACACGGAUAGCGGUCGGCUAGAGAUUAUCCGCAAUAUCCAGGCCGACGACGCGGCGGCAGGAGGACGGUCGUCUUCCGAUGAGGACGGGAGCGACACCGAGUGGCUCGGCGUGGACGGGGACAGGGACGGCCGAGGUGAGGAGGACGACCGCGGAGAGGCCAGGAAGUACAAACACCAGCCAAAGGAGAACCCCAAGCCGGAGCGCGAGCAGAUCCUACAGGCGCAGGAGGAGCUGGCGCGGCUGGCCACGGCCGUCAGCGAGGACCCGGAGGAGAAUGUCGGGGCCUUCCGGGCCCUGGGAAAGCUGGGGGCGACACGUAUCCUACCCAUCAAGGUGCUCACGCUCAUGACGCAGAUGACGGUGUACAAGGACGUGAUCCCCGGAUACCGGAUACGCGCAUUCGGCGGGGAGAGGGCCAAGGAGAAGCUGGUGUCUAAGGAGGUGCGGCAGCUGCGCAGCUACGAGGAGUCGCUCCUGAGCGGGUACCAGUCGUACCUGAAGGAGCUGGCCAAGUGCGCGCGGGACCGUCGCGACGUGGGCAGCGGCACCACCCUGGCCAGCGUGGCCGUGACGUGCGCGUGCACGCUCCUCACGGCGGUGCCGCACUUCAACCUCCGUGAGGAUCUGCUGCGCAUCCUGGUCGGCAAGCUGAGCAUGGCGCGGCUCGAUGCCGACGGCGCCCGCUGCAUCGAUGCGCUCGAGACCCUCUUCCGCGAGGACGACGAGGGCCGCCCCUCCAUGGAGGCCGUCGCCCUGCUGUCCAAGAUGAUGAGGGCCCGCAACUACCGCGUCAGCGAGCGCGUCCUCGACCUCUUCCUCUCCCUCCGGUUGCUGUCCGAGUUCAGCGGUCAGGCCUCGUACAACUCCGUCGAGCGCACCGGCGACUCGGCCGGCCCCAAGCAGAAGAAGAAGCGAGAGUUCCGCACCAAGCGCCUCCGUAAGGACCUCAAGGAGCAGAAGGCCCUGGAGAAGGAGAUGAUCCAGGCAGACGCCCUCGUAUCCCACGAGGAGCGCGACCGCAUGCAGUCCGAGACGCUCAAGCUCGUCUUCGCCACCUACUUCCGCAUCCUCAAGGCCCGCAGCCCGCAGCUCAUGGGCGCCGUGCUCGAGGGCCUGGCGAAGUACGCCCACCUGAUCAACCAGGACUUCUUCGGCGACCUUCUCGAGGCCCUCAAGGACCUCAUCCGCUACAGCGAUCUCGACGCCGCCGCCGCCGCCGCCGACGACGACGACCUGAACCGGAACCGGAACCAGGACCAGAGCGAGCACCCAGAAGACCAAGACGGCAACCAGGACGACGGCGCGGGCGAGAGCAGCGAUGAGUCCGAAGAAGAAGCAGAAGAAGAAGAAGAAUCAGGCGACGUUAGCGUGCGUAACCUCACGCGCGAAUCCCUCCUGUGCACGGUGACGGCCUACGCCCUCCUGGCCGGUCAGGACGCCCACAACGCCCGCUCAGACCUCCACCUCGACCUCUCCUUCUUCACCAACCACCUCUACACCUCCCUGAUGCCCCUGUCCCUCAAUCCGGACCUGGAGCUCUCCAAGCCCGCGUCCGGGUCGGCGUCGACCGACUCCAAGAUCAAUGUCCAGACCACGACGGUCCUCCUCCUCCGGUCACUCACCUCGGUCCUCCUCCCCUCGUACAACAUCCGCUCCGUCCCGCCCACCCGCCUCGCCGCCUUCGCCAAGCAGCUAUCCUCCGUGGCCCUGCAGCUGCCCGACCGGUCGGCCCAGGGCGUCCUCGCCCUGCUGCAUGACGUCGCACGCACGCACGGGAGGCGCAUCUCUUCGCUGUGGAACACCGAGGAGAGGAAGGGCGACGGCCGCUUCAACCCCGUCGCUUCUACCGUCGAGGGCACAAACCCCUUUGCUGCUACCGUCUGGGAGGGUGAGCUUCUCAAGAAACACUUCUCCCCCAAGGUGAGGGAGGGUGCUAGGAUGUUGGAGAAGGCCAUUGCUUCCUCGUAG